AAAGCCCCUCAAAAAUUUCAAUUUGUCCAGAACCAAAACUCUUUCUCUAUACUUCGCUAGGGUUUUGAAACACUUCUCAUUUUCCCCCCCUCUCUCUCGAAAUCAUAUCGAUCUCUUAUUUUCUCUAGGGUUCCGUCGAUCCUGAUCUGAAAUAUGGCAUCUCCGGCAGUAGUUUCGGCACCCCGCUCCGCUGCGUCAUCGUCCAAAACCGAGACCUUUGUGGACAACAAGCGCAAAGAUGAUAUCCGCAUGGCGAAUAUUGCCGCAGCGCAGGCUGUCGCCAACGCCGUUCGUACUAGUCUUGGACCCAAAGGAAUGGACAAAAUGAUCUCUACUGCAAACGGUGAGGUCAUUAUCACCAACGAUGGAGCCACUAUUCUUAACAAAAUGGAGGUUCUUCAACCCGCUGCUAAGUUUCUCGUUGAGUUAUCCAAGUCUCAAGAUGUUGUUGCCGGAGAUGGAACCACCACAGUUGUUGUUAUUGCCGGUGCAUUGCUCAAACAGUGUCUUUCACUUCUUUCCGCUGGUAUUCACCCCACUGUCGUUUCCGAUUCUCUGCAUAAGGCAUCUACAAAGGCUGUUGAAGUUCUCACUGCCAUGGCUCUUCCUGUUGAGCUCACUGACCGUGAUUCCCUUGUGAAAUCAGCAAGCACUGCGCUGAACAGUAAGGUAGUGUCACAAUACUCCACUCUUCUGGCUCCUUUAGCUGUUGAUUCUGUGCUUUCUGUUGUGGACCCUGAAAAACCAGAGAUUGUUGAUCUAAGGGAUAUUAAAAUUGUCAAGAAAUUGGGGGGUACUGUUGAUGAUACUGAGUUGGUUAAAGGUUUAGUUUUUGACAAGAAGGUGAGUCAUGCCUCAGGUGGUCUCACACGAGUUGAGAAAGCUAAGAUUGGCGUGAUUCAGUUUCAGAUUUCCCCUCCCAAGACUGAUAUUGAGCAAAGCAUUGUGGUUUCUGAUUAUACUCAAAUGGACAGGAUUUUGAAAGAAGAGAGGAACUACAUUUUGGGCAUGAUUAAGAAGAUCAAAGCAACCGGAUGUAAUGUUUUGUUGAUUCAGAAGAGUAUUCUGAGGGAUGCUGUGACUGAAUUGUCUCUGCAUUAUUUGUCGAAGGCAAAGAUUAUGGUGAUUAAAGAUGUUGAGAGGGAUGAGAUUGAGUUCAUAACCAAGACCUUAAAUUGUCUGCCUAUUGCCAAUAUUGAUCAUUUUAGAGCAGAGAAACUUGGCCAUGCAGAUUUGGUUGAAGAGAUAUCUCUUGGGGAUGGUGGAAAGAUUGUUAAGAUCACAGGGAUUCAGGACAUGGGCAGGACCACUUCGGUGCUGGUUCACGGGUCAAACCAAUUGGUCCUUGAUGAGGCUGAGAGGAGUUUGCAUGAUGCAUUGUGUGUGGUAAGAUGUUUGGUGAAUAAGAGGUUUUUGAUUGCCGGUGGUGGGGCACCUGAGAUUGAGCUUUCUAGGCAGUUGGGUGCAUGGGCAAAGGUUUUACAGGGGAUGGAAGGGUAUUGUGUGAGGUCAUUUGCUGAAGCCCUCGAAGUCAUUCCCUAUACUUUGGCUGAGAAUGCUGGGUUGAACCCAAUUGCAAUCGUGACUGAGUUGAGGAACAGGCACGCACAGGGCGAGAUCAACACAGGGAUCAAUGUGAGGAAGGGACAGAUCACUAACAUUUUGGAAGAGAAUGUGGUGCAGCCAUUGCUGGUGAGCACAAGUGCAAUUACCUUGGCUACUGAAUGCGUACGGAUGAUUUUGAAGAUUGAUGACAUUGUCACGGUGAGGUAGAGUGAUUGCAUGUGAAAUUGCAGGGGAAAUAGAAGUUUUUUAUCAUAUCUUUGGAUUUUGAGUUGUGUGCUUCAAGAUUUAGUGGUUCUCUGGUUCUUCUGUAUUUCGGAUUAUAUGCUGAAUUUUCAAUUGUUAUUUUUGCUUAGCUAAUUUUUACUCGUGGGGUUUUCUAUUUCACUCGCAUGCUUAGUUUUGAGUGCUCGACUCUUAUUGGUUGACAUGGUGCUGUAUGUAACAUGUGGAUCAUUAUCAGUUUAUCAAUAUUUUUAGUCA